UUCCCUCGCCUUGGCAGGAGCGAGAAGGGAAGCAGGAGGACGAGGAAAGGGAAGUGAUGGGCGACGGAGGGAAUGGGGACGGCGUCGGAAGCGGGAAGAAGGUGGGGAAGAAAAGGUGGAGGAGGGCGCAGAGAUGCCCGAAAGCGUUGAGGAGGGCUUACGGGAAGAGGGUGCGUUCGCUGCUGGAGGCGAUCGUCUCUCUCCUGCCUCCUCCCAAGAAGAGUGAGGAGUGCCGGUGCAGAGGCGGAGGCUGCCUCGGGUGCGCCGACAAUCCAGCAUUCUUCAUUCUUAGGGAAGCGGAUGAUGUGGAGUAUAGGAAGCUUCUCACCCGGGGGUUUGCCGUCUUGCCGGAGGACGUCAUUCCUCUCACGGAGUUUCUCCCGGAUAACCGACGGACGCAGAUUCAGGUUGUCAGAAACACAAUCGAGUUGCUGAUUGUCAACACAACAAAGAAGUGUUCCAAUGUGAUAUGUUUUGGCUAUGAGAAGUACACCCAGUGCAGCCAUGUUGUUGAUAUUCUCUGCAUGUUGCCAUGGAGUUUGCUUCUAAGUAGGAUAGGUGAUUUUAUGAUGUUCCGCCUUUUGAGCUGUGCAUCAAUAUUUUUGCACAUUGCUAGGAAUGAUUACCUUCAAGUUACAGGCACUCCAAUGAAUGAGUUUUUGUGGUCGUCAAUGACCUUGGACAGAGAGGUAUCUUCACAAUCAAGAAUUCAGCAUCAGUCGCUUAUGGCCUGUCCUACUCAACAUGCUAAAGUUUCUGACCAUCACCUGGUGCAUAAGGAUGCAAAUGGCAGAUUCAUGCAUAUCAGUUCAGUCAAAACCUCAAAAUGCCAACAUCUCACUACUUCAAUUAUCAGUGAACAUUUCAAAGUGACUGCAGGCAAACAGAGAAAGCGCAACAGGCCAUUUAGCUGGCAACGCAAAAAAAAGCAGAAACAGAAACGUGAUCCCUGUGAUGAGCAUGAACUAGUCACUCUUCCUAUUGCUAAUAAAGAUGACAAGAUCUCCAUGGGGAUGGAUGUGCCUGAACUCUCCAUGGUGGAUUCAUAUGGCAAAAGAAAGUUCAGUGACUGUUUUAUGCGGUUCACUCCACAAAAACCUAACGGCAGCAAGUUAAUCAACCGCAGACAAGUAUUCUAUGACUCAAAUAUUCACCAAACUGUACUGCCUAGUGGGCAUAUAUUACUCAGAUUGAAACCUAACAAUCGUUCUGCCAUUGACCUUAUAAAUCACGUGUUUUGCGUUUCUGACUUUGACAGCAAAGCUGUAUUUCCUUCAGUCCCUGAAGAUGGCAACAACAGUUUAUUUAGGAAAUCCAGCAUUACAGUCUUGGACUUGUUUAAAACCAUGAUACGAAAUGCCAAACGUUGCCAGUUUGUGCGGUUACUGGAAAGGCAUUGCCCAAUCCAUCCAGCUAUUUCCUCCCAAAAUCAAUCUCAUGAACAUGUGCUGAAGGAAUCCGCAAUAGGGUUUCCAUCUACAAACUCUGGAUUCAAGAUAGAAGCUAGCCCACUGAUAGAACCUUCAGGAAAAGAAGAAAUUGCUUCUGGGGAAGCUAUUAGACUUCACGAGGCAUAUGAUAUGAAUAAGUCUUUCAGUAAACACAAGGAAGUUGUCUCAUUUAUAUGGGCCGUUUGUAGAAAUGUGGUCCCAAGUCCAUUGCUCGGUCAUCCUUGCAACUGGAGAGCAUUGAGGCAAAAUAUUGCCAAUUUUGUCAAAUUACGAAGAUUUGAGAAAUUUUAUCUAAAACAUUGUAUGCAUCAGGUGUGGACAUCGGGCUUUCCAUUUCUUUCUGAAUUUACUAGUAUAUGUCACUGGCAUGCGUUUAGAAAUGAGGAAUUGAUUACUGAAGCUUGGAAGGAUUGUGAUCUUUCAGCCAUGAAAAGCUCCUUGCACAGGAAGUUGGUGGAAGUUUGGAUCUUUUGGUUGUUUUCAUGCCUAAUUGUACCUGUUCUGAGAGCGAACUUUUACAUAACAGAGAGUGAGAAUGGCAGACAUGGUGUGUUCUAUUAUCGGAAGGUCUUGUGGAAGAAAAUAAUGAAGAAGUACAUUGAUAACUUGCAAAAUGAAAACUUCCAGCUUUUGGAUGCUUCUGCUUGUGCAAGCGCCAGUGAGAAGUUGUUCUACCCUAAGGUUAGGUUUCUUCCUAAAGAGAAUGGAGUAAGGCCACUUGUAAGUUACAAGUCAUCAUACAUCCCAAUCUCAAGAUUUUCUUCAUGCAACCUUGGCAAUAUAACAAACAAGCAAGUGGUGAUGUCUCCUAAGGCUGCACCACAUGAGGUGAAAUGUUGCUGUGCAAAGAAUGGCAAAAAGUAUCUUACCAGUUCUAACUUACAGGCAACAGCAAAACAUUCUCCUUUUCCAUAUCCCAUGAGAGACGAUAUACGUGAUCUGUAUGUUAUACUGAAGGGGAUAAAAUUGGACAAUCCAGACUUGUUAGGUUCUUCUGUAUUUGAUUACAAUGAUAUUUAUAGAAAAUUUUAUCAUUUUCUUGCAUCAUUGAGGAGGAAGUCAUUGUCCUUACCUCGAGUCUUUAUCGUUGCUUGUGAUGUCUCCAAGGCUUUUGAUUCUGUUGACCAAGAAAAGCUUCUCCAUGUGAUGGAUGAUAUCCUUCAAAAGCAAGAGUAUCAUCUCAGAAAGUAUGUCCAAGUUCGUUGCUCUAAAAGGUCACUGGUGGUGCAUCAUGAUCAUCUGUUGGUUAAUCAUGGCAAAUGUAGCUAUUCAAUUUUGGCCUCUAAGCAGUCUGGAGCAUCACAUUCCAUUCUUGUUGAUCAGGCUUCUACAAGAAGGAUUGGAAGGGAUGAGCUUCUUGUUUUCUUAAGCAAGCAUAUUAGAAAGAAUAUAUGGAGGCUGGAUGGAAAACUUUAUCUGCAUGAAAUUGGUAUACCUCAAGGGAGCAUGAUAUCGUCUUUCCUUUGUUCAUCUUAUUACGGCCAUCUUGAAAGAAACAUAAUCUUUCCUCUACUUGGAAAAUGUUCUGUGCCACUUUUGUCAGAAUGUCAGAGAGCAUCAAAAAUGGAGGAGAUGAUUGGAUCAUUUAAUUCGGAUAAAGGAAAUACAGAUGAAACAAGUUCAUGCCAUGGAGUGAGGAAGACAAAUUCAUUGGGAGAAAAGAUAAAACAGUUACAGGUGAAUUAUGCUCAGGGCAGGCUCAGCAGUGAUAGUCAAGACAAAUUUGCACCCUCUUCCAGCUUCCUACUGCUCAGGCUCAUCGAUGAUUUUCUGUUUAUAUCUUCAUCUAUGGAACAAGCUGCCAGCUUCUUUUUGAGGAUGUACGAGGGAUUUGAAGAGUACAAUUGCUGUAUGAACAGUAAAAAGUUCUGUAUGAACUUUGAUUUGCUUGUUGAUGGUGGGGCAUUUCCACAAGGAACGUAUAUGGGUGAUGAUGGAGUGACAUUUAUUCCGUGGAGUGGCUUGCUUGUUAACUGCCAUACACUUGAGGUCCAAGCAGACUAUACAAGGUACUGGGGCGUUCAUUUAAGUUCGACACUUACUGUUUGGAGGUCACCUAAGCCGGGUCAUCAUUUGAAGGCAAAGUUGUGUGACUACAUGCGACCCAAAUGUCAUGCUUUAUUGUAUGAUUCUAACAUCAACUCUCCAGCUGUUGUCAGAUUGAAUGCUUAUCAAGCCUUUCUUUUAUGUGCCAUGAAAUUCCAUUGCUAUGUAUCUUCAAUGCCCAGUGGCAUGCUUUUCAGUCCAACCUACUUCUUGGAGAUGAUUGAGAACUCUAUCAGCUACACGUUCAAGCUCAUCCAGAAAAGGAUACAUUGUGUUCGCUCUGAGAAGGGCCUCAACCCCAUUCUUCAGCUCAAGAAGAAAGAAGUGAAGUGGCUAGGGUUCUCUGCCUAUAUCCGUGCACUUAAAAAGAAACAGUCCCGAUACAAGGAGCUUUUAGUGCACCUGAGAUCCAGGUUACAGGCUUGCAGUGGAGCAACAUUAUCAUGUGAGCUGAGAUACGCUGUUGAGGAUUCACAUUCCUCAGCAUUUUGGAAGAUCAAAUACUAAAUGGUAACCGAACUUAUACAUGUUUAAUGUCCAUAAAAUGAUUGGGUAUUUGCAUAUCAUUGAUCUGUUCUGUACAAUUUUCGUGUGGAACUUUAAAUCAUUCGAGGAAUCUGAAAUCAAGCUCUUUAGAAGUCCAGUCAGUCAAACAUGGGCACAAGAGAAGAUGUGAAAGCGUGCACGGAACCCUGUUUCACGCAGGUGUUUGAUUCGUUCGUGGUUGAAGAAAUAUUGCAAACUGCUUUGGCUUGUGUGUAGAAGAGAUUGAAUAUUGGACGAGGAGAUGGGAUUGCCAGUGCCAUUCGUUUAACUGCAGUGGUGUUUGUACAAUCUUAUAGCAUGUAAAUCUUCUCGUGCAUUUUGAAAGCUGAUUUUUAUGUUGGUGGGGCUGACCAAGACGUUCGGGACGGUGCGUGCUGGGUAGAAAAACGUAUCCCUUCCAACCAUCUCUCGUUGGCUGUGUGAAGAAAAAAAAUUGCAAAAACUUUUUGGAUUGUAACAUGCUAAAAUCGUGUUGAAGGCAUAGAUUCGGCCUUUAGCUUAGAAGAUACUGUUUUGACAUUAAACUUUUAAAAAAAAUUCUUGCUUGACAGGUAUCAUCCAUCGGUUGUAGCGUUGAUGGAUGUCACCUUAAA